AUGGAACGCGGAGUUGGAGCAGGUAUUUACUCUGAGUCACUGAGAGUAAAAAGAUCAAUUCAUCUGCCCGAUUUCGCGAGUGUCUUCCAAGCAGAAGUAUUCGCUAUAGCCGAAGGCUGCCGUCUCUUAGAACGUAGUGGAUUGCGUUACGGCGAGCGAGUAGCCAUUUUCUCAGAUAGCCAGGCGGCCAUUAAGGCCUUUGCGUCUUUUACAACAAGGUCGAAACUAAUCAAGGAGUGCAGGACACUGUUAAAUACAGUAAGUCGUCAACUCGAUUUAGAUUUAGUUUGGGUCCCUGGCCAUAGCAACAUUCCCGGAAAUGAGGCUGCAGACGAGUUAGUCAGAGAGGGUUCCACAUUGGUGUCGAUCGAGGACCGGAUAUCACCCCCAAUUGGAACCUAA